AACAUUCGGAGAAGUACAAGAAUUUAAAUAAAAUAGAAUGUGUUGCUAAAUAAAGUGACUCAAAGAAUUAAGAAAUCGCAUCAAUAAAAUAAAAUGAAUAGCUUCAUAAGGGCAAUGUUUGAAGCUGGUGAUUUGAAGCAUGGGCUUUACUUGUUAUGACGUAUUUUUACUGAGGGAUCUGAUUCUGGAUACUUCCACCUCCACAUCUGGAUUCCAUACAGAUGUUUUAAGUUUAUCCUCUUUGGGGAACAUUUUUUCCUAUUCGUCUAAAGGGCCAGAGCUUUAGUUUUGUUCUCAGGUUGACAAACAAAACAAUAUUAACACUUGGCAGAAAGCUGGUAGAACGUCACGUUGUCCACCCUGGUACUUCAGAAACAGGACGCAUGGAACUUAAACUAAUUAUAACAUAAUUGAAGUCCUGUGAGUCACUGGAUAAUCGCCCCAGACGAGCAUCGAUCCACUUCAUCCACUCCAGUUGUGCGUAAAAGCGCAACCUGAGCGUUGAAGGGUCCUUGUGGCGAGCUGAGGCAUCGUCAGAGAAGACGCGCUGUUCUUCAUCUUCUUCCUCUUCUUCUUCUUCUCUCUCUCUCUCUCGACGUUUAAGAAAGAACCGAGUAGAGACGUGGAAACUACCUGCACAUGUAUUGUAUCUUACUCGGGCUUAAGGGAACGAGAAGGCGUUUGGUAUUUCCAUGCAGAGUCAUUUUACGCACGGUUUGUGAUGAUGGAGAUGGUGAAACUUGUUGUGAUUGUUCUUCUGCUGCUGACAAAUGUUUUCUGUCAAGAUGUGAACAACUGGAGAGGAGCCAGAGAAGAGAACAAAUGGCCGAACUCUGAAGUCAUUGAAGAUGUGUUCGUGAGACUGAUCAGAAAACCAGGACCACGUCAGUAUCUGGGAAUCAUGGGGAAGAAAUACUCUGGGAAAAUGCAGCCAGCAGGUAAACGACACAAAUUUCAAACCUUCGUGGGUCUGAUGGGGAAACGGAGCUUUGAGGAUGAAGGCUUCAUGGGAGGUGCACAGAGGAACGAGGAUUACUGAGGAGCAAACAUCCGAGUCUCUACUUCGAUUCAUCUCAGAUCAACAAGAAGAAGUUUGUGUUUUCAGUUUGUCGUUGUUUCAUGAAAAUGUCUCAAUGGU